UGGUAGUGCUGCCAAUUCUCCACAUUUGACAAAAUCAAAGCUCCUUUCCUUAAAACACAAAGCAAAACUCCAUCAUUCCAAACACUCCUUCAUGCUACAUCUCCCAUAACACAUCAACAACAAUAAAGAACACACUCAUAAUCAACACCAUCAUCACAUACAUGCGAUCCAAAAGGGAAGGAAAUAAAACUGUUCAAAAAUGAAGAGCCGUUAUCCGUUACAGGAGAAACGGUGGUUGCUGGGCCUGGCCGUGGUGGGCCUGAUUGUCCUGGGCUUUUUCCUCUCAACGGUAGGCCGAUCUUCGGAAACCGCCUACCUGUGUCCGAGCACGCUGGGGAUCCGAACCCGAAAAGAAUUCAAUUACGACCCGGCACCGAUCCAGACGCGCGCCAUUCUCCACUACGCGACCUCGCGCGUGGUGCCGCAGCAAUCGGUGGCGGAGAUCAAGAUCAGUCUGGACGUGAUAAAGUCACUGGGCCGGCCAUGCAACUUCCUUAUCUUCGGGCUGGGCCACGAUUCCCUCAUGUGGGCCUCGUUCAACCCGGGUGGCACCACGGUGUUCCUCGAGGAGGAUCCUAAGUGGGUCCACUCGAUCUUGAAAGACGCGCCGGGCCUGCGGGCUCAUACGGUCCGUUACCGUACGCAGCUUCGCGACGCCAAUACGCUGCUCACCUCGUACCGCUCCGAAGCCACGUGUUCUCCUGCGACGGCGUACCUUCGUGGCAACCAAGCGUGCAAGCUGGCGCUGGAGAAUCUCCCCAACGAGGUUUACGAGACGGAGUGGGACAUGAUCAUGAUCGACGCGCCCAAGGGGUACUUCGCGGAGGCGCCGGGGCGGAUGUCGGCGGUGUUUUCCGCCGCUGUGAUGGCGCGUAACCGGAAGGAAGUCGGUGUAACGCACGUGUUCUUGCAUGACGUGGAUCGCAAGGUGGAGAAGGUUUACGCGGAAGAGUUUCUGUGUAAGAAGAACUUGGUGAAUGGUGCUGGAAGGCUUUGGCACUUUCAGAUUCCUCCUUCUAACGACACCGUUUCUUCUAGUUUCUGCUAGAAACUUCUUCACCUUCUUCAUCUUUUUUGCUUCUUCUUUUCUCUCUCGUUAGAGUAUCAUUCAACAUCAUCUUGUGUAUCGAAUUUUAUAUUAUAUUUUUACUCUCUUUCA